AUGAGCGAUUCACCAGCCCCAGAGACAAACAACCCCAACCUGCGCCAACCCAAGAAGCGCUUCGUCGGAAGACGAACCGCAGAAGCGCAGGCGCAACAGAAUGGAUCCCAAGCCGAUGUCGAAACCACCACCGUUCAAAAGGCGACACCCCGCCGAACACCAAGAACCCUAAACCAAGUCCCCCCCGAAAUCCUCAACGACCCCGACAUCAACGCCGCAAUCACCCUCCUCCCAAAAAACUACUCCUUCGAAAUCCACAAAACAAUCCACCGCAUUCGCACCCUCGGCGCAAAGCGCAUCGCCCUCCAGUUCCCAGAAGGCCUCCUCAUCUUCGCCACAACCAUCUCCGACAUCCUCACACAGUUCUGUCCCGGUACGGAAACAUUGAUCAUGGGCGACGUGACCUACGGCGCAUGCUGUAUCGACGACUACACCGCGCGGGCCCUGGGUUGCGAUUUACUGGUGCACUACGCACACUCCUGCUUGAUCCCCGUGGACGUUACCAAGAUCAAAACGCUAUACAUCUUCGUUGACAUCUCCAUCGACACAUCGCACCUCCUCGCAACCCUAGAACGCAACUUCCAAGCCCCCAAGACAAUCGCAACAGUAGGAACCAUCCAAUUCAACGCAACCCUGCACGGCCUAAAACCCGUCCUCGAGCGCGCGGGCUACAAGGUCAUUAUCCCGCAGAUCACGCCGCUCUCGAAGGGUGAGAUUCUAGGGUGUACGAGUCCGACGCUGUCGAAGGAUGAGAUUGAUCUACUGCUGUAUUUGGGCGAUGGAAGGUUCCAUCUUGAGUCUGCGAUGAUUCAUAAUCCGGCUAUUCCAGCGUAUCGGUAUGAUCCGUAUUCGCGGACUCUUUCGCGAGAGACGUACUACCAUGAUGAAAUGCAUACAUUGCGGCGGGACGCUAUUGGAUCCGCCAAAUCCGCAAAGAAAUGGGGCAUCAUCCUCGGUGCCUUAGGACGACAGGGAAACCCUAAUACUAUGGCCAUGAUCGAAAACCAUCUCAACGAGCGCGGAAUCCCCUUCGUCAACUUGUUGCUCAGUGAGAUUUUCCCCGGGAAACUCGCGUCGAUGCCGGAUGUCGAGUGUUGGGUGCAGAUUGCUUGUCCGCGGUUGAGUAUUGAUUGGGGGUAUGCGUUUCCGAAACCGUUGCUUACGCCGUAUGAGGCGUUGGUUGCGUUGGAGGUGAGGGAGAGUUGGGAUAAGGCGAAUAAUGGGAUCUAUCCGAUGGACUUUUAUGCGAAGGAUGGGUUGGGGAGGACGAGGCCGGAGCAGGCGGUUCGGGCUGCUUGA